GCUAGGUUUCAGAGUUAGCAACACUGACGCAUGCGUUUAUAAUUAAUAAUUAUACAAUAAUAUAAAAAAAACAACUAAAUAUUUAAAUAAAGUAGUGUUUUGAAAUGACUUCAAGUUAUGUAAAGUACGCACAAUUAAUAAAAGGAACAAGCAGCUAUGCUCGGCGAAUGAAAACGUUAUCAGAUAGAAUAUUUGGAGAAGUCGCAACACCGACAAAUCCAAGCUCCAUGAAGGUUGUUAAAAUAUUUUCUUCUCGACCUCUUCAUACUAAUGAAGAAAUAGUACAUUAUUACCCUCGUCAUAUAGAAACACAUGCCCUAAUGUUGAAGCUGCGAGAGUAUGGUUUGUUCAGAGAUGAACAUCAGGACUUUGUUGAAGAAAUGAAACGCCUGAGGGCACUACGAGGGAAGGUAAAAGUAUGGAAACGCCACAUGAACACGGAGAAGGAGUAGUUGGAAAUAAAGACAACAUGAAUACUUUUCUGUCAGAUUGUGAAAAUUUAUAAUAUUAAUGUUUCAUGUAAUAUAGAAAUCUUAGCUUU